AUGCAUACUCCUUCAUUAAAAGUCACUAUAAACAAUAUUAUGUCUUCUAAAGAUCCAUUACAAAUAGUUAUAGUUGGCGGAGGGAUACUUGGACUCUCGGCUGCUCUUGUCAUUAGCGAGAAGCUUCGGAUAAACCAUCAAAUAAGUGUUAUUGCGGAAUAUCUCCCCACUGGAGACUCGUACACAGCUGAGUUCACAUCGGCUUGGGCAGGAGCUCAUUUUCGUCCUUUCCCCAGUAGAGAUGGCAAUGAUGAACGUAUGAUGCAAUUGACACGGAUAACUCAGUGUUAUUUCCGUCAGUUGGCACUAGUGGCUCCGAACCUGACCAUCAAGUUCAUCCGAGCGGAAGAAUACCUUGAGAACCCUGAUCACUACUACACCGAAACUAAAUAUGGAUAUAGUGAAGAAAUGAGUGAAUUUGAAGUCCUUGACUUGAAUAAGGCUCCACAUGCGUUUGCUGAAGAUGCUUGGGGAACGAAAUACGAGGCCUGGGUUCUUGAUGCUCCUAUGUACCUCAAUUAUCUUUACAGACUAUUGCGGAAUCGCUACGGAGUAACUUUUAUCCGAUCCAAACUUGCAUCAUUAAAACAGGUCACGGAACAUAUUACGGGAACGCAGGUAAUUAUCAAUUGUUCCGGGAUGGGUCUUCAAUAUGAUGGAGGUUAUGACGAAACUUGUUUCCCAAUUCGGGGUCAAACUUUAUUAGUGUCUCCUCCAGCAAACCUCAAGGAAGAAGUUACUAUCACCAGACAACAUAGUAAUGGCAUGUGGACAUUUUGUAUUCCCAGACCUAACAACGGGGGUUGGAUAGUUGGAGGAACAAAGCAGGUCGGGGAAACUGAUCCUUUGCCUCGGGAAGAAGAUACAAAGGCUUUAAUUGAACGCGGAUCAAAGUUUUUCCCCUUUCUUCUAAAGUCGGAUAAUCAGGGCAACAAGAACCUCGAUAUUAUCAGGAUCAAUGUUGGAUUUAGGCCUGCUCGGAAGAAUGGAUUACAUUUAUCAUUGGAUCAAUCACACGAUAUACCUGUCAUCCAUAAUUACGGAGCUGGAGGCAUGGGUUACGAAUUAAGUUAUGGUGCUGCUACCAAAGUUUAUGAAUUAUUGGGGACAUUGUUACAUCAAUCAAAGUUGUGA